AUGGAUUUGGCCGAGCAACUGGAGAUUGAGGCACAGGAGCUGAACACAUUAUUCAGCAACCUUGUCUCUGCCCUGCGUGGGUCGACCGUGCCUACAAGACCCGUUUUGAAUCCUACAACCGCAUUUGAUCUCACAUUUCCUGCACCACAGCCAGCCUCUCCGAGCAAACAACUGGCCACGAAGAUCCAGGAGGCACGACAAGCCGUUCUAGCGCAAAUUGCCAAAGCCCGUUCUCUCCUUUUAGAACCAGCCGAUCUUCUCCAGCAACUUGCUGUUCAUAACCAACUCAUUGCAUGCCUGCACUGGCUUGCAGACUUCUUGGUGUUGGCAUGUAUACCAUCAAACGAGACUGUACCGAUCAAGGACGUAGCACAGCUUUUGGCAGUGCCAGAAUCGCAACUGGUACGUGUUAUACGAAUGACGGCAACAGUUGGCUUUCUGCAAGAGCCGCAACCUGGCCACGUCGCACACACAGCUCUUUCGAGGUUUUUCCUUAGCAGAAACUCCAAUCGUGAUGCAGCCAUAUUUCUUGCCCAGUAUGCUGCGCCUGCUGCAUUGGAAAUGGCGUCGGAUAGUCCUGGAUCUCCAGAAAAAGAGCAGUUCCUCAGUUUCAAUGGAGAUAGCUGCGACCCUCCCCUUCGAAUGAGAGCCCAAGGCAGCGUCAGGCUCCAACGACAAUGGCGUGCGUAUUGUGAGCACGUAUUGGAAAGAUGGGAUGCCGAUGACAUCGCGAAAGUGCUUUCGCGUCUCGACUGGAGCAAUUUGCCUGGUAAUGCACAGGUGGUUGAAACUUGUGCAAGAUCAUUGGAGCUGUCUUCGAUACUUUCUGAACGGCAUCCAAAUCUGCACUUUGUCGUUCAGAUGGAUCCAUCGCAAAGCCCCGGGGAUGAGAGAUCCGAAUCUCCUUCGACAAUGAACGGGUGUCUUGGUGUUGAUGUUGAUGGUGCUCCGCAAGCAUAUCAUUCAUCUCCUCGCAUUGUGGUAGAGUCACGAAUUCCGGGCACACCACAACCUAUACCUAAUGCUGCGGUCUACAUUCUCUCCAUGCCUCCUUUAUCUUCACGCUUCUCGCUUUCCCAGCCCGCUGAUGCGUCAGUUUGUAUUCGCUCGUGGAUCGUGUCAGAGCUUAAGGCUCACCUUGAUAUUCUCAAAGCUGGCAAUAGUACGCUCAUCAUAUCCACCGGCCCAAUUUUGCCAGAGCCAGGGACGGUGGAUCCUGAGUUUGAGGCUCUGACUCGCCUGCGCGAUCUGUCCUUGUACCAACUGUUUAUGGAAAACGAGAUGGAGACGCAAGAGCUUUUUGAUAUUGUUACUAGCAUCAAGGACGAUUCCGGGCAACUGCUUGUGGUCAACCAACUUCGAUCACAAAGGAAGAUACUUGUAGCACUUUGUGUCAAAUAUCAACAUGUGAAUACCUGACAGUUAGUGACCUCGAAUUGAUCAUAAAGCAUGCUUAAGACGUGGCCAAGGCAUCGCUGCGGAGCACAUGACUUGAAGCUGAGUUUGGACAAUUUAAGUGGCCGUGUACCGCGCUACAAGCCUGUACCGAGUGGUUGAAAUAAGUCGUAACAUGGC